CGAGAGGCGGGGAGGGGUCUUGACCCCCUCUUUCCCCGGAAGAGGAGCAGGCCUGGAGAGGAGCAGGAAGAAGGGAAAGAGGUGCAACACGUUUGGGGGGUAAUUUUGCAUUGCUGGGAGGGAAGGGGUUUUUUUUUGGGGGGGGGAGAAUGGGAGAAAAGCAGGGAGGAGCGCCCCCCUCCCCCCGGGACGUUGAUCCGGGCCACCCAGCUGAAAAGUGUGGUCUCUCCACCCCACCCAGAGGAGCGAGGUCCUAGGAGGGGGGAGGUCCCUUGGAUGCCCCCCAUAAAAUAUUUGAGGGGACCGCUACCACCAACCCAAGUGGAUGGGCAUUGCCAUUCAAAUGGCAGUGGGGGUGUGUGUGAGCCGUGUCAUGUGAUUGAUUGUGCAAAGUGGGGCUUGCCUGCUCUAUCAUCUAUCUAUCUAUCUAUCUAUCUAUCAUCAUCUGUCUGUCUCAAUCCAUGUAUGAACAGAGGAAUGGAUUCUGAGACUUCCAAAUGUCCUUGCAUUUGGGGCAGGGAUAUGAAAUGGUUUAGGGACUUAAAAGCCUUCUAAAUAGUCUCAAGGCUGGAUGAAUCAAAUAAAUGCCCCGUGUCCAGCUCACUAGGGAAAGAACAUGCAUCCCACCCCCCCACCAGCAGGUUUUGAUGCUUUUUCUUUCUGAGAAGGGGAUAUUCUCCAGGUACCCUCUUGGGAGUUUGUUGGAAGGGGAGAUCAAAGCCUCCGUGUGUGUGGGGGGGGGAUCAGGACUCUCUUGCAGGAUUGGCUCAGCUCAGGGAUGCUGAGGGUCUUUCUCUGCUGGGGCUGCCAGCCUCAUUCUUGUCCCCCCUCCUCCCCUGCCUUAAAAACAUCCAGAUUGACAGGGGAAAUUAGUGUUAAAGGGGUUCUAAAGCCCACCACUUGGGCAGUGCUCACACAACGACCCUGUAAGGUGGGCCAGGAUGAUAAGCAGAGCAAAAUGUAGUGGUUGGAACAGGAGAGGGGAGCGUUCUUCAGCCAGAGGGCCACAUUCGCUCCCUUAGCAGCCUUCCAGGGGCCACUUCCAUUGGUGGGUGGGGCCAGAGACAAAAGUGGGUGGAGUUAGGGAUGUGACUGAGCUUUGUCCAGUAGGUACAGUGGUACCUCGGGUUAAGUACUUAAUUCGUUCUGGAGGUAUGUUCUUAACCUGAAGCACCACUUUAGCUAAUGGGGCCUCCCGCUGCUGCCGCGUGAUUUUUGUUCUCAUCCUGAAGCAAAGUUCUUAACCUGAGGUACUAUUUCUGGGUUAGCGGAGUCUGUAACCUGAAGUGUAUGUAAACUGAAUCGUAUGUAACCCGAGGUACCACUGUAUUCACACAAUCGUAUGUAACCCGAGGUACCAUUCAAAGGAUUUUUUCCGGCCACGUAAAUUCUGUCAGCAAGGACUCAGGGCAGUGAUGGAGAGGGUGUUUGGCUUGGGGAGAUUCCUGAGUGCUGGAUGGGGAGGAUGCGAAGGCUGGAUUUUGGCCUAGGGUGCCAAUAUCACCAAACUUCGUAUCUCCUUCCCCCAGUCCUAGUUUGACCUAGUUGGAGUGCUCUCAAGCCUCCCACCUCACACGCCAGCUUGUAUGGAGCUUCUGCAACCUGACUCUCUCCAAAUACCAGUUUUCUUCCAACCAGAGAUGGGCAAUAAUUUACGAGGUUGCUUUUUUCUUUAUUAAAAAUGUUUGCAAAGGUCAGAAAAUGGUUUGCCAGAUAGCUGUUUGAAGGAAACAAAAAGCGAGGUCUAUAGAUAUAUGAGUGGGCCUCAUCAAUAGGAGUAUAGCAUCUAGAUCAAGGGAAGUAAUAGUGCCACUGUAUUCUGCUCUGGUCAGACCUCACCUGGAGUACUGUGUCCAGUUCUGGGCACCACAGUUCAAGAAGGACACUGACAAACUGGAACGUUUCCAGAGGAGGGCAACCAAAAUGGUCAAAGGCCUGGAAACGAUGCCUUAUGAGGAAGGGCUAAGGGAGCUGGGCAUGUUUAGCCUGGAGAAGAGGAGGUUAAGGGGUGAUAUGAUAGCCAUGUUCAAAUAUAUAAAAGGAUGUCACAUAGAGGAGGGAGAAAGGUUGUUUUCUGCUGCUCCAGAGAAGCGGACACGGAGCAAUGGAUCCAAACUACAAGAAAGAAGAUUCCACCUAAACAUUAGGAAGAACUUCCUGACAGUAAGAGCUGUUUGACAGUGGAAUUUGCUGCCAAGGAGUGUGGUGGAGUCUCCUUCUUUGGAGGUCUUUAAGCAGAGGCUUGACAACCAUAUGUCAGGAGUGCUCUGAUGGUGUUUCCUGCUUGGCAGGGGGUUGGACUCGAUGGCCCUUGUGGUCUCUUCCAACUCUAUGAUUCUAUGAGUGUCUGGAAGAGGUUGGAGGAUGGAUGGCAGCUAACAGAUUGAGGUUGAAUCCUGACAAGACUGAUGUACUGUUUGUGGGUGGACAGGGUGGGCAGGUGUGGGGGAAUCCCUGGUCUUGAGGGGGGUAACCGUGCCUCUGAAGGACCAGGUGUGCAGUCUGGGAGCAAUUUUGGCUCACAGCUGUCCAUGGAGGUGCAGGUCAAAAUCUGUGUCCAGGGCAGUUAUCUACCAUCUCCAUCUGGUAUGCAGGCUGAAACCCUACCUUCCCACAGACUGUGUCCACAGAGUGGUGCAUGCCCUGGUUAUCUUCCGCUUAGACUACUGAAAUGCACUCUACGUGGGGCUACUUUUGAAAGUGGCUUGGAAACCACAACUAAUCUAGAAUGCAGCAAUUAGACUGGUGACUGGGAGUGGUCGCCAGGACCAUAUAACACCGGUCUUGAAAGACCUACAUUGGCUCCCAGUACGUUUCCGAGCACAAUUCAAAGUGUUGGUGCUGACCUUUAAAGCCCUAAACGGCCCUGUAGGCCUGAAGGAGCAUCUCCACCCCCAUCAUUCAGCCCGGACACUGAGGUCCAGCUCCAAGGGCCUUCUGCUGGUUCCCUUAACUGCGAGAAGUGAGGUUGCACGGAACCAUGCAGAGGGCCUUCUUGGUAGUGGCACCCGCCCUGUGGAAUGCCCUCCCAUCAGAUGUCAAGGGAAUUAACAACUACAGUGGUGCCUCUGGUUGCGAACGGGAUGUGUUCCGGAGGCCCGUCCGCAACAUGAAAAGAGCGCAACCUGCAGCACGCGCGGCUUGUGAUUUGGUGCUUAAGCGCGAUUUAGCGCUUAUGCACAUGCACGAGCAGCGAAACCCAGAAGUAUCCCUUUCUGGUACUUCCGGGUCACCGCGGGACGUAACCUGAAAGAACAUAACAUGAAGCAAACGUAACAUGAGAUAUGACUGUAUCUGACUUUUAGAAGACAUCUGAACGCAGCCCUGUUUAGGGAAAUUUUUAAUGUCUAAUGUUUUACCGUUUUUAUGUGUUGUAAGCUGCCCAGAGUGGCUGGGGAAACCCAGCCAAAUGGGCAGAGUAUUAUUAUUAUUAAUAAUAAUAAUAAUAAUUAAGAAUAACCUUUCUUUAUGUGUUUUUGAAUUUGAUCCUAAAACUUUACUAACUUGUGUAUCUGGAUGAACAUAUGCUGAAUGUCCCCUAAAGGCUGAGACAGCUUAUAAUGCUAUAAACCUCCUGUACACAGGAUGACAUGUUCCCUGUUUCUCUCUCCUGCAGACCCUGCAAUGGCACCACUUAAGAGCUGCUCCCUGCUUUGAAGUACGUCGUGACAACAGCUGAGAGAGUCCCAGAAGUGGCCCAGUUUACGCCUCUUCCAAAUCGCCUACAGCCAGUGCAAUGGCCUCAGAGGCACCGUUUGGACCAUCUCUUCCUAAAGGUGGAAUGGAAAGAGGAGCCAGGCAGCUUCCUCAGGUAGGGAAAGAGCAACGGGAGCAGGGAGGAGGGAAGAGGCACAGAUGGGACCACCCAGCCUCCCUCUGUGUUGAGUGGGGAUGAUGGGGAUCUAAGAGCAGCUCUGUCUUCUUCCUCUUCUUCUUCCAGGCCCUCUUGACCUUUGAGGAGGUGGCUGUGUUUUUCACGGAGGAGGAGUGGGCUCUGCUGGAUCCUGACCAACGAGCUCUGCACACGGAAGUCAUGGAGGAGAAUUAUGAGAUGGUGGCCUCUCUAGGUAAGGAUGCAUUUUUUUAUUCCUCUUGGCUGUUAGACGUUGGAGGCGUGAAUCUGCUGUUUGUGCCAUUUAAUCAUGCAGUGUAGGAAGAACAUACGAAUAUGUUGGAUCAGGCCAGUGCAGUGGUCCAUUUGGCCUGCUUCCUGUUUUCAUAGCGCCCAACAGAUGUCUGUGGGAAACCCACAAGCAGGAUAUGAGCCCAAGAGCAACUUUCCCCUCGCCUCUUGACUGGUCCAACUCCUCAAUGCAGGAAUACGCAGCUGUCCCGUUCAGGGAUCGAACCUGCAAGCUUGCCGUUAUCAGCUCCAUUCUCUAACCAACUGAGCUAUCCUGGUUGUCGGGUACGGAAGCUGAUGAAGGCACAAGUUACAUUUUUUGAUAUAAGAUCAGCAAUUUAAGUUCUUCGUCAACUCUUGGAAUGGAUGCCCACUGGAUCUAGCGAUCUUUUUCAUUUAUUUGUUUUUAUUUUUUAAAACAUCAUUUUAAAUUACAUUUGAGUGUAGAUUGCUCUCAACUAGGGCCAGGGCCUUUUCAGCAUUGGCCCCGAUGUGGUGGAACACUCUGUCACAAGAGACUAGGGCCCUGUGGGAUUUGACAUCUUUCUGCAGGGCCUGCAAGACGGAGCUGUUCUGCCUGGCCUUCGGCUUAGACUCACUCUGACCCCUUAUAUGUGAUUUGGUAUAUAAAUUUUCCCUUGGCUUUUUUGCUAGCCCAAGUAGGACCAGCAUGGAUAGCUGGCUCGGGUGAAUAUCUGAAGGUUCCUCCCUUUAUGGUCUUGAUUUAUGGGCUACUACUAAAAUGAGGCUGCAUUUUAAGCUGUAUUUUAAUUAACUGUUUGGUUGUUGUUGUUGUUUGUUUUUGUUUUUUCUAUUACGUUUUAUUGUAAUUCAUCUUUGGUGUUAGUUGCCCUGAGCCCAGCCGGGGAGGGUGGGGUAUAAAUAAAAAUUUAUUAUUAUUAAAUUUAUUAUUGUUUUAUAAAAAAAAUAUGAUCGAUACAUUCAUUUGACUAUGCUGGCAUCUAUUUUGAAGUGUUGCUCAGAGAAAAAUAAGGAGCCCCGUUAAUCUUUGAGCUGAUCAGGUGCUCUGAUGAAAAAUGAGAUAGCAAGGUCCAGGAGAGAAUAAUACAUGGUAAAUGAAUCCGCCACAGAAAUUCCAAGCCGUUGCAUGUUGGCCAUGUGCGUAAGCUUCUUGUCUAGCACUGAGCAGGGUAUUAACUGCUCAGAACACUCUCGAAGAAGCACAAUAUGGCCCCAUGCUGGUUUCAGCUGCCUCCAGAACAGAGGUGUUGACUGACAGCUAAAAUGGGCAGUACCUUUAUCUUCCAGCAGUGCAACACUGCCACACACAUGGCCAUGACAAAGACAGCUGACCACCCCUUGAGUUUUAUUUUAUUAGGCCCAGAACUUCAUAUCUCACUAUCCGCCUUACUUCUCUAGACUUUGUCUCCUGCAAAGAUUAAUUCAGGUCCUGGAAUUUGCCCUAUUUCCUCUGUUGUGAUAUAAUUUGUUUGGCUUUUCUGCAAUCUCCUUUUCCUUCCUCACAACUCCUUUGACUCUCUUGCCACCCAAGUUUCCAGCUGCCUCCCUAGACAGUUUCCUGCUAGUGAUAUUUAAAUAACUUAAAUCAUAUUUAAAUCACUUCUUGUCGUUGGCCUUGGUAUGUUUCUAGCAAUGCGUUCCUCAGUGUCUUUUCUAGCAUCCCUUUCUGUCUGUUAGCACCUUUUCUUGCCAGAGUUUGUAUUCCUUUUUGUUCUCUUAAUUUGGACAAGAUUUCAGUUUUUCGAAGGAAACCUUCUAGUCUCUCGCUGCUUCUCUGUCUCUGCUGAUUAACCGUCCCAGUGUCCUCUUUGCUGUCCUGGUACCUUUCCUGAUCUACAGUAUAAAAUCAAGUGGAAUGAUUUACCAACUUCCUUUUUACCAGCCUCCUCAUUUGGGGGAAGUUUUCUCUUCUGAAAUCAAACCAUGUUGCAUUUCCCUGGUAUCGACCAUUUAUACUUGCAUUUCAAGUAAUUAACCAGUCUUCCUUUAUUCUUCUUGUGCGUGUGAACUUCUUAUGGGCAUAAUGUUACUGGGUAAAUACAUAAUACAUUAUAAACCCACACUUUGUAAUAGCAGGGACCACACAGGCGCCUCCUAGUCAUGUGGUGCAUAUUUAUAGCAUCUCAAUGCAUAAUCCCUUUCCUUGGCUUUGAACUCGUGGAUACGGAUCGAUUAGAAAUGGCUGGAUAUUUUGUGACCACAGGUGUCUAACAUUGUCUCUUUCCUUGAAAGAAUCAGACCUCCGUUCCUGUUGGGAAGAAGGACACGAUCCAUUUCUCCAGGAUCUCAAAGAAGGGGAGACCUCAGCAGGUAGGUACUUAGUUGUGUUCUGGGGUUCUUUUUCUUCUGGAAAGAGAGGAAGGAGAGGUUUGUUGCCUUUAUGUCUUGCUUCUGGGUUCCUGUCCGCAUCUACUUGGCCCAUGUAGGGCUCUUGGAAUAGCCCACAAGGACAAAUGUGGACCCCAGAGCUUCUCCAGCUAGUCCUUGGGACUGUGCCCCCCUCACUACAUGACACAUAUCCCUUGAUAACCUCAGAUUCAGCUGGGCAUGGAAAGGAGAAGGGGGAGAUGCUUGAAAAUGUAAAAUCAGAGUAGCAGAGAAAUGGGCCCGAUUCAAAGUGUCUGCUUCUACCUUGCAAUUUGAAUGACCUUUUCUUUUUCUCCUUCUCCUCCGAAAAGGUAACGGGCAAAACAGGGAGAAUAACAAGGAGCCAUCCAUGGUGUCAUCAGAAAAUGUAGAGCAAGAAGCAUGGAAAGAGACUUUUGUAGAUCAAGGAGCACCCCAAAAGCAUGUAGGAAACAUGUUGAAGAGUGGGGGAAUUAAAUCCUUGGCUACUGAGGACAUCGAUGUCCAUGUACCCCUGAGUUCACAGGAAGAUCACACAGGAAACACUGGGAAAGCAUGUCCAGAACGCAGCAAACUAUAUAGUCACCCAACUCAAUUUAAUGUACGUUACAACAUCCACACAGGAGAGAAUCCACUGAAAUGUUUGAAGUGUGGAAAGAGCUUCAGUCAUAGUAAAACUCUUACUCAACAUCAAAGAACUCACACAGGGGAGAAACCGUUCAAAUGCCUAGAGUGUGGAAAGAGCUUCAGUCGCAGUGGAACUCUUACUCAGCAUCAAACAACGCACACAGGGGAGAAGCCAUUUAAAUGCAGAGAGUGUGGAAAAAACUUCAGUGGCAUUAGUAACCUUACUAAGCAUCUAAAAACCCACACAGGGAAGAAGCCAUAUAAAUGCAAGGAGUGUGGGAAGAGCUUCGCUCAUAGGAACACCCUUACUUUACAUCAAAGAACCCACACAGGGGAGAAACCGUUUAACUGCAUGGAGUGUGGAAAGAACUUCACUCAUAAGAAUACCCUUACUUUACAUCAAAGAACCCACACGGGGGAGAAACCGUUUAAAUGUAUGGUGUGCGGAAAGAGUUUCAGACAUGGUGGAAGCCUUAAGUUACAUUACACAACGCACACAGUGGAGAAACCAUUUAAAUGCAAGGAGUGUGGAAAGUGCUUUAGUUGGAGAGGUUACCUUUAUUCACAUCGAAGAACCCAUACAGGAGAGAAACCUUACACAUGUAUCGAGUGUGGAAAGAGCUUUACCCAGAGUGGAAACCUUACUGCACAUCAAAGAAUCCACACAGGGGAGAAACCAUUUAAAUGUAUGGAGUGUGGAAAGAGCUUUUGUGGGAAAGGUGACCUUACUCAACAUCAAAGAACGCACACCGGGGAGAAACCAUUUAAAUGUAUGGAGUGUGGAAAGUGUUUCAGUAGCAGUGGGUAUCUUAAUGUACAUCAAAGUACACACACAGGGAACAAACCAUAUGUGUGCAUAGAGUGUGGAAAGAGUUUCAGCACAAGUGGAAACCUUAGAUUCCAUCAACAAACCCACACAGGGGAGAAACCAUUUAAAUGCAUGCAGUGUGGAAAGGGUUUCAGUCAGAGCGGAAGACUUAUUGCACAUCAAAUCACCCACACAGCGGAGAAACCAUUUAAAUGUAUGGAGUGUGGAAAGAGCUUUUGCCAGAAAGGAAGCCUUAUCACACAUCAAAGAACCCAUACUGGGGAGAAGCCAUUUAAAUGUAUGGAGUGUGGAAAGGGAUUUAGCCAGAAGGGAAGACUUACUGCACAUCAAAUAACCCACACAGGGGAGAAACCAUUUAAAUGUAUGGAGUGUGGAAAGAGUUUUAGUCAGAGUGGAAACCUUGCUUCACAUCAGAUAACCCAUACAGGAGCAAAACCUCACAGAUGUAUGGUGUGUGGAAAGAGUUUUGGUUCAAGGCAUAACCUUACUGUGCAUGACAGAAUCCAUACCAGUGAGAAACUACUGAAAUGUAUGGAGUGUGGAAUGACCUUUAGCCAGAGCAGAAGCCUUAUUGCACAUCAAAGAACCCACACGGGGGAGAAACCAUUUAAAUGUAUGGAGUGUGGAAAGAGCUUCAGUCGCAAUUACUAUCUUACUUUGCAUCAAAGAACCCAUAGAGGAGAGACACCAUAUGAAUGCAUGGAGUGUGGAAAGAGCUUCUGUGAUAGGGGGAGCCUGAAAUCACAUCAAAGAAUCCACACUGGGGAGAAGCCAUUUAAAUGCAUGGCAUGUGGCAAGAAGUUCCCUAGGAGUAGUGCCCUUACUGUGCAUCAAAGAAUCCACACAGGGGAGAAACCAUUUCAAUGCAGAGAGUGUGGAAAGAGCUUCCGUAGGACUAGUGACCUUACUGUGCAUCAAAGAACCCAUACAGGGGAGACACCCUACAAAUGCAUGGAGUGUGGAAAGAACUUCUGUGAUAGGGGAAGCCUCAAAUCACAUCAAAGAAUCCACACAGGGGAGAAACCGUUUAAAUGCAUGGAGUGUGGGAAGAACUUUCGUAGGACUUGUGACCUUACUGUGCAUCGAAGAAUGCACACAGGGGAGAAACCCUUUAAAUGCAUGGAGUGUGGAAAGAGCUUCAGUCAGGGAAAUAGACUUACUUUACAUCAAAGAAUCCACACGGGAGAAAAACCCUUUAAAUGCAUGGAAUGUGGAAAGAACUUCAGUCAGAGAAGUAAACUCACUUUACAUCAAAGAAUCCACACAGGGGACAAACCAUUUAAGUGCAUGGAGUGUGGAAAAUGCUUCACUCAGAGGAGUAAACUUACUUUACAUCAGAAAAUCCACACAGGAGAAAAACCAUUUUCAUGUAAGGAGUGUGGGAAAUGCUUCAGUCAGAAGAGUAAUCUUACUUUACAUCAAAGAACCCACAGUGGGGAAAAACCAUUUAAAUGUAUGGAGUGUGGAAAGUGCUUCAGUCAGAGGAGUAAUCUUACUUUACAUCAAAGAACCCACAGCGGGGAGAAACCAUUUAAAUGUAUGGAGUGUGGAAAGGGCUUCAGUCAAAGGAGUAAUCUUACUUUACAUCAAAGAACCCACACAGUGGAGAAUUCGCAUUAAUGUAUGGAGUAUUGAAAGAGGUUCAGUUGUUCUUACCCUCUUAUUUUACAUCAAAUAAUCCACACUGGGGAGCCACAUUUACACAUGGAGUGUGGAAAGAACUUCAGCUGGGAGAGGUGACCUUACUAAGCAUCAAAGAACCCACACAGGAUAGAAGCCAUUUAAAUGCAUGGCAUGUGGAAAGAACCUCUCUAAGCCUCAGAUCCCAUCGACCAAUCCAACCGGGGAGAAACUCUUUAAAUGUAUGGCACAUCAAAAGAGUUUCAGACAUAGUGGAAGCCUUAACUUCUAUCCAAAACCCAUGCUGGGGAGAAAUUCAUGAGUGUGGAAGGAACCAUGAUAUGGGAAGUCUCAAAUCACACCACAAAACCCACGCCAUGGAGAAACCCUCUAAGUGAAUGGAAUAGGAAAAGAGCUGCAAUGGGAGCAGGAAACCUUACUGUACAUGGAAGAACCAAGGGAGGCAUGAAACUACAGUGUAGAAACAAGAACUUUGGGGCAGCAGGACAUGUAUUGACUAGAGUCUCCUUCAUCAGAUGCUGCGUAGAGAGUAUGCUUUGGCCCAGCCGUGCCGCCACGCCCAUAGUGGGGUGGAAGGCUGACAAUGGACGUGUCCAUUGGCUCUGUCCCACCAGAGGCUACCCUGAAAAAGCUCUCAGAUCAUCGUGAGUUGCCCAAAGAAAAAAUGAGGUUUUUCUUGGGCAACGAAUUAGUAGUUCUAAGUAAUUUUUUUAUCUUCUCCUUUAUUUUUUCAUUUCAUUUUUCAUUCUAUUAUUUUACAGAUAUUUUAACAAAAAAAUUACAUAAUCAAUUUAAAACACCAAAUCUUAAUAUCGACCCUCUCCCCUCCCUUUCUGCAGAUACUUAUGUUAUCUCUUUUACUACUGCAUAUCCAAUUCAGACCUUUUUACAAACUUUUUCUUUUAUAUUCUAUUUAACUUUCUCUCACUGCACAUUGUUAUAUCAGUCCUGGCAAUGAUUUUAAGUUCUUUACAAUGAUCCUUCAGAUAUUCCAUAAAUUCUAUACUAUAGCAUCUUCUUUCUUGAUUUCUUAUUCUUCCAGUAAGUUCCUGCAUACUCCAUCAUUUUUUGUUGCCAAUCCUCUGUGGUCAGAACUGCUUCUUCUUUCCAUCUCUGGGCAUAUAUCAUUUGAGCAGCCGUAGUAGCAUACAUAAACAUUUUUUUCUGUUCUUUGGGUACCACUAAACCAGUUAUUCCUAACAGAAAAGCUUCUGGGUUUUUUUUAACGGGUGCAGAAUGCUGCAGCGAGGCUCCUCACAGGGUCUCUGCCAUGGGAGCAUAUUCACCCAGUGCUUUUCCAGCUGCACUGGCUUCCGGUGGAGUACAGGGUCAGAUUUAAGGUGCUGGUUUUGACCUUUAACGCCUAGGACCCUCGUACCUACGGGACCGCCUCUCCUGGUAUGCCCCACGGAGAGCCUCAAGGUCCAUAAAUAGCAACACCCUAGAGGUCCUGGGCCCUAAGGAAGUUAGAUUAGCCUCAACCAGAGCCAGGGCCUUCUCAACACUGGCUCCGGCCUGGUGGAACGCUCUGUCUCAUGAGACCAGGGCCCUGCGGGAUCUGAUUUCUUUCCGCAGGGCCUGUAAGACAGAGUUGUUCCAUCUGGCCUUUGGCUUAGAAUCAGUUUGAUUCCCUCCCCCUCUUUCUUUUCCCUUUCUCCUCCUGUGAAGAGGCUGCAUCCUAAUGUUUUAAUACUGUAUUUUAAUUUUUUUUUUUAAAUUGUAUUUUAAUCAACUUGUUUUUAUUAUUGGUCGUUAGCCACCCUGAGCCCGGUAUUGCCUGGGGAGGGUGGGGUCUAAAUAAAAAUUAUUAUUAUUAUUAUUAUUAAACAAAAGUUAUAUUUGACAGUUUUUCCAGCUCAUUAUAAAUCAUUUCCCUUUAUGUGUGUUUCAGACUUCAGUAUUUUAUUAAUUUUGUAUCUUGCCUUUUCCUUAAUGUUUAUCCUUGAUGAGAGCCAGCGUGGUUAAGAGCGGUAGUCUCCUAAUCUGGUGAACCGGGUUCGCGUCUCCGCUCCACCACAUGCAGCUGCUGGGUGACCUUGGGCUAGUCACACUUCUCUGAAGUAUCUCAGCCCCACUCACGUCACAGAGUGUUUGUUGUGGGGGAGGAAGGGAAAGGAGAAUGUUAGCUGCUUUGAGACUCCUUCGGGUAGUGAUAAAGCGGGAUAUCAAAUCCAAACUCUUCUUCUACUCUUCUUCCUGGACACCAGUUUGACCUUGGGUCUAACCUUCCUCCAAGACCAGGGGAGCUUGUUCCCUGGGAUUAACCUCUCUGUUGGCAGCUUCUGUUAAAUUAAGAUGUCGCUCUGGGAAUAUAGAAGCAUUAGAUUACAGGAGGGGUGGAAUUUAGCUGGGCAAAUGCAUGUACUUAGCUAUGGUAAAAUUCAUAGUUAAUUUUAAUCCCCGGAGCUACAUUUUGCUUGCAGGUAAUGCCCACUUUACCAGAUGCUUUCAUAGAUUUAGUUUCACAACUUCUUUCUCCCAUUUAAUCAGUGCGUUGUAUAGUGUUAUUUUUAAAAGAAUGGUAGAUUAUUGCACCUUAAAUAAAAUGAAUUGCAUUCACUUUUAUUAUGCUGGUGAUUUUUAAAAAAUAAUUUCCCCAAACAUGAUUUCUGCUUCAGAUGGCUAUCCGAGUCUCCGGUCGACCAGUUUACCCCCUCAGCCAACACCUAGAUGUCUAUAUCAGCUGACUGCAUAAGCUGUAAUGGGUCACGCAACACAUCACCAGCCAUGAUACUGGGAAUUUCAUCUGGGAGCUGCAAUAAUUGCAGAGAUAAGG